GGAACUGAAAAACGUUCAGUGAAUUGUCAGGUUCAUUAUCGAACGAAGCACGAAAUCGUCACGUCAUUGUCCAACAAUGACUUAUCGGACGUUAAUAAUAACAAAAUCUUGAAUUUCAAAAAUUUUAAUGAAGCUGUCUGUCGAAGCGUGCGCACAACAUACCACUGCAGCUGCAGGCAUAUAUGGUACCCGGAGAAAGUGUUUUACCUUCAUCGUCUGAGACAGUCACUGGGAGGCGGUCAACUUGAUCGGCAGUCCUCUUCAAUCGAUAAUACUGAAAACAAUUGUUUGUGAAGCUCCGCUGGAAGAAUUAAGAAAUUCAAAAUCAAUGAGUUUUGCAAUCAUUACGCGCAUCUAUCGUAAAUUGCAAUCAUUUUAAUAAAGUUUAUGGAUACAAUUUGUUAUUAGUGAGUGACGUGAAGACAAUUACUAACGAUGAAGCGGUCUCAGACGUUGUGAUUAAUUCAAGAUUUUUUUUUUCGUUGUUAAAUUGCACCAUCAACUUUUUAUAGUCAAUCAUUCAUUUUUCAGAAAUAAUGCUGCUGGCGAUAGCAUUUUGGUUGCUAGUCGGAGCCCUCGUAUUAUGGGCAUUAUUGGACCCAUUCAGCAGAGUAUCACGUGCCCUGUGGGAGGUCCUUGUACCCAUCAUAAAUCCAGCGCCGGUUGAUCUGAAAUCAAAGUUCGGGGACUGGGCAGUUGUAACUGGAUCGACCGAUGGAAUCGGUAGGGCUUAUGCCAAGGAACUCGCCUCUAGGGGUGUCAAUCUCGUAUUGAUCAGUAGAACACUGGAGAGACUUGAAAAGACUAGGGAAGCGAUUCUCGAUGUUAAUAAUAAAGUGGAAAUUAGAAUUGUGACUGCAGAUUUCAGUAAAGGAAGGGAAGUUUUCGAAAAGAUUGAGCACGAAUUGAAGGAUAUACCCGUUGGAAUUUUAGUGAACAAUGUUGGAAAGCAGUAUUCAUACCCAAUGGUAGUCGGGGAAGUUCCAUCAGAUGAACUCUGGGACAUUAUAAACGUAAACGUGGGAGCAUCAACGUUAAUGACAAGACUGGUGAUACCAGGUAUGCAAAAACGUAGGAAAGGAGCCAUUGUGAAUGUGUCCUCAGGCUCGGAGAUGCAGCCCCUUCCUCUGAUGACCGUUUACGCUGCCACCAAGGUUUACCUGAGAAGUUUCUCCGAAGCCCUGCGAGCAGAGUAUGAAAAAUUCGGCAUUACCGUUCAACAUCUCACACCAUUAUUCGUUAAUACGAAGAUGAACGCAUUCAGCGAUCGAUUGCAGGUGUCCAGCGUCUUCGUCCCCGAUGCAACGACUUACGCAAAAAAUGCUGUCGUAACUCUUGGUAAAAUUAAUUCCAGCACAGGAUAUUGGGCGCAUGGGAUUCAGAAUAUAUUCGCGCUCAUACCACCCGUCUGGAUGCGCACGAAAGUGGGACAAUUAAUGAAUGAAGUAUUUCAAAAGGAUUAUAUCAAGCAGAAGAGCAUAUAAAUGUGUAAAUAUCAGUAUAAAAAAUUAAACAACGUAAAUCAGUGAUAUCUGUAAAUUUUUUUCAUUUUUUUUCUAACACUCGCAGGUGUUUUUUUUACAUCUGUACAUUUAUUACUCGAUAUUCAUUAUUUUUCUUUGUAUUUAAUUUAAUAUACAACAUUCUUAAUAAAUAUAUUUAGUACCGA